AAGAGCUGCGAAGGCAAAAGUUGAGGCACUUCCUUUGACACAUGAACGUGCCCUAAACGUUAUUAUAUAUGUAAACAGUGAAAACAGCAGAGAAACCAGAACUCACUCUGUUUUCUCUAGAUGGCUUUUUCUUGGUUUCGUGUAGUUGUGCCCCUGUGUUUAGCGGUUUUAUCGGUUGCUGUCGCCAUCAUCUGGCAGAAGCAGGCGAUGCCGCCCCUUCUGCCCGCCGCCCUCGGUGUCUGCUCUCUGGCCGGGAUGGCACUUGUUUGGAGGGACAUCAGCUCGAAGAUGAAGGGUGAGCACCGGACGUUAAGCGGUCUGCUCAGUCAGUAUCUGGCGGUGAAGGCUGUGGGCUGGCUGGGCAGACGGCAGAGAAAGAAACUCGAAGCCGAUACGCUCAAUGUGAAGCAAGUCCAGGAGGAGACUCUGCUGAAGCGCCUGCGCAAAAACGCGAACACAUGUUAUGGAAGACAGUACGACUUCUGCUCAGUUAAAGAUAGCGUUAGCUUCCGGGCACGUCAUCCCAUCACCACAUAUGAGCACUACCAUGAUCUCAUCAGACGCAUCGCUGCCGGAGAGGAGAAGGUGAUCAUUGCUGAGAAGCCACUGAUCCUAGCCAUGACCUCCGGGACGUCAGGACCCAGUGCCAUGCUGCUCAGCACCAAAGACACCAACACUGAGUUCUUCUUGCAGGGAGUGAGUGUGUGUUUGGAUGCCAUGCGGCAGGCCUUCCCUGCGACCGACAGCCUCCAGCGCACAACCAAGUUCUUCUACACUCCGACUUUUCGGCAGUCUGAGGCCGGCAUUCCCAUUGGACCAAACUCCUCCACACCAGCCUCCUCCCGCCACAUGCUGAACCUCUACACCACCCCAGCACCCGCCUUUGAGGUUCCCAGCGAGAAGGACACCCUGUACCUGCACCUCCUGUUUGCUCUCAAAGAUCCCAGUGUGGGAACACUGGAGUCCAACUUUGCCUCCACAGUUUUCUAUGCUUUCAGUGCCUUACAGGAUCGUUGGCAGGAGCUUGUGGAGGACAUUGAACAAGGGAAGGUCAGCAGCUCUCUGGCUCUGGAGCCCAAAGUGAGGGCCAGGCUUGAAGCUCUGAUGAAGCCAGACCCAGAGAGAGCUGCUCAGCUCCAGGCCCACUUCCAGGACGGCUUCAGGGGGAUCGCCAAGCGGUUGUGGCCUCACCUCCACCUGGUGCUGGCAGUGGACUCGGGCUCCAAUGAGAUCUACGGGGAGAUGCUGAGGGAGAAUUACUGCCAGGGAGUGCCUUUCUACUCACCCUUUUAUGCUGCUACUGAAGGUCUGAUAGGGGUGAACCUGUGGCCUCAGGAGCCAAACAGACGCUAUCUACUGUGCCCUCGCUCCAUGUUCUGUGAGUUCCUGCCAGAGAGCAGCCUGGAAGAGGAGACGCCUCACACUCUGCUGAUGGAGGAGGUGGAGGUGGGACAGAACUACGAGCUUGUCAUCACAAAUCCCUCAGGACUCUUCAGAUACCGCAUUGGAGACAUUGUGAAAGUCGUUGGAUUCCAUAAUCAGUGUCCCAUUAUUGAGUUUCAGUACAGACGGGGUCAGAUGUUGAAUGUUCGAGGGGAGAAGGUGUCUGAAGCCUUGUUCCUCAAUGCUCUGAAGAAAGCUGUUGCUCAGUGGCCAGGAGCUCAGCUGGUCGACUAUUGCUGUGCUGAGAGCGGCAUCAUGGGAGAUUCAAUAGGCGGCUCAGAUCCUCAUUACCAGGUGUUCGUGGAGCUGAAAGGUGUAAGGAACCUCACAGAGGAACAACGAUAUAAGCUGGACAUCUGUCUCCAGCAGGACUCGGCCGUCUACAAGUCUUUCCGCAUCAAAGGCAGCAUCGGACCAAUGAGGGUGCAGCUGGUGGCGGCGGGUGCAUUCAAGGAGCUUCGUAAGCAGAUGAUGGCCUUCUCAAACACCUCACCCAACACCUUCAAAAUGCACCGAGUGCUGCGCAGGAAAGAAUACGCUGAUUUCUUAUUGGGAAAAACAGUUUCCUGAAAACCUCCGGUUGUGGUGAAUGAGAGUAAGACUGAGUGACGUAUGUAUAGUGUUUUUUUUUUUUAUUAACUUUUCAUGAAGGAGUUGAUCAAUUGUGCCUUUGGCAACCGUUAGAGACAAAUAACAAUUGAAAAUGUUCAUUCGACUGAUUUAUUUUCUCAACCAUAUUUAUAAUUUUAUUAAAGCGAACUGUUCAACUGUUACUGUAGUUUUGUUGAAUGAAUUUCAGGACCUCGUCUGGCUUCCGUGACAGUCAAAGACAAACCAUAUGCCUUGUAUAUACUGUACCAAAGUUUCACUCUGAGUUAUGGGAGGAAAACUGCCACAAAAAUGUAUCUAACCAGGUUUUCAUGUUGAUGCCUUAUGUCGGGUGAUACUCUUGAGGAAAAAACGUUGUAGUUAUCUGGAGAAAAAGCAAAAGAACGACAGAAAACUUGUAAAACAUUUACAUUGCUACAUAUUUUUUAAACAUUACCCUUUCAAUAGAUACCAUCUGGUGUUACUGAAUGUUUGUGUAGUCACCUGUGAAGAUUAAAGUGACAUCUGGCAACAUUUACAUCUAAAACUAAACCCCUUGUUCGCCUAAACGGUGGAGUGGAGCUGCAAGGCAGCAGAGAAAAGCAUCCUAAACUUUGCUAUAUCUCUAAAAGUAAAACUCUGGUGUAGGGUUUCUUAGAAAUGAUAAAUGAAAACCUGAAAGUGAAAAAAGUAAAGUUAUUUUUACAGAUGAUAGCAGUGUCAGGACCUUAUUAUCAACCACUAGAGGGGGCUAGUCUUAUAUGUAAGACACAGAGUAACUGUCAUUCACUUAUUUGUCUCAUGAUCCCCUGUCUCUAAGCUGGACUCUUGAUCACGUCUCUGUUAGCACCUUGAGCUGAAGCCUGUCACUGUAAAUCAACCAAACAUAAAACCAGAUGCAGGAAAGAGUCUGAACAACACUUUACUCAAGUGCCAAUGCACAAUAAUGGACAUCAGUGAUAGAUUAAAGCUAGUAUGGACUUAAAUAUUUACAAACUUCAAGACUUUUAUAUUUUGUGAGAUUUUAUCCUGUCUUCAGUUCUAAUCAAUUAUUUAUCAUGUAGCCAUAGAUGGAAAAAUGUGCAGCUGAACACUGAACGAGCCCCUUUCUGAAAGUCUGUUACUCUCAUGUGUUGUUGCGUGGCACGCUUCUCUCCUGCAGGUCUCUCCGUUCACAAAGUGGGCUAAUAUUUUUAGUAACGUCCCAUUUCAGCAGAGAUUUGACACUGCUCGCGCUUUAUUUUGGCUCCGUGGUGCGAUCAGGCCGAAGCAGCAGUGAAGUGAUAAAAGCUAAAUUUACCUCAUUGAAGCGCAGACCACAUGGCCUUUUCACGAGACAGUGACGUGAGGGAACAGAGGCUGAGAUCCUGUUUUCCUCUCUGGAAACAGUUAAACCUGUAGUUACCUGAAGAAGUGAAAGUCUCUUAUCUUCCUCAUGUUCCGCUGUCACAUAAACACAGACAUUUAUGAGCUUUAAAGAACUGAAACUACAGAAAUGAGAAUGAGCUGUUGUUGCCUUUCUUUGCCUUCAUAAGAGGUGAGCGGUUUUAACUUCAUAUGAAGGAUGAUAUUCAUCCAUAGGUUGAAACAUUCUAAAAACAAAACCUUUCAAACCCAAAAUAAUGAACCUAGAACUUAAUGAGCAAAUUAAACAAUGUGCCUAAUUUUCUCAGUGUCAUGUUAAGUUUCAAUUAAAC